UUUUUUGUGAAGUAUACAGUAUAAACCGCAGAAGUAAAUCCUUAUUCCUUACUACUGUUUUAUUUUUGUAAAUGCCCGUUAGGCACCCAGUGGCUCUUUGUAGAAAUAAAGCCAAUUUUGAUGUGCUUGGUCUUUUAACUAAACGCCAUGAGUUACGUAAAUCUCGCAACCUUAGCAGACCAUAAACGACAAGAAAUGGAAGAUAGAAUUCACAUGUUUACAACAAAAUGUGACAACACCAUUAGGAAUUUGGAAUAUUUAAAAAAACGGGCUCAAAGAUUAAUUACACAACUAAAUUGUGAUCACAUGGAGCUGAAAGAUCGUUUUUUAAAUAGUGUUAAGACAUUAGAAGAAUAUUCAUAUUUAAUAAAUGAUAUUAAUAUAGCUGUAGAAGAAUUACUUAAUCCCACCAAUCGGGCUGCACAUCCAGGUUAUGGUUUGGUAAAUACAAAUACCUCCUUGUUACGUCCAUCAAUCUCACCAUUCAAUAUAACAGAUACAUUGUCUGAACCUGUGCCAUCAACUUCAAAAACUUGUUUAAAUCCUCAAGACUGGUCAAAGAAAAAAAACAUACCAAAAGACCAGCUUUUAAUUUCCUUUUCUACUGAGACGUUGGGAGAAAUAAUAUCACCUGAAGAAAAACAAUGUAAUAGUCAGACUAUUACCGAAGGUGUAAAAAAUAUUACUUUUGAAGAAGGUGAAAAUGUGAAAUUGCCUGCACAAACAGUGUUGCAAUUGGAUUAUGAAUAUCCCGCUGUAUUAUUACAUGUUGAUGGAACAUCAUUUUGGGUGACUACUGAAAAUAUCGAUGAAGCAUUUAAAUUAAUGACAGACAUGACAGAGUACUAUACGCAGUACAAGGUACAAUUUUCACUUGACCAAAUGGCACCUUUGUGUGCCGUGUAUGAUGAAUCCAAUUCAUAUACCAGAGGACUCUACAUACAACUCAGUGAAGAGGACAUCCGCUAUGCCCAAGUGCAUCUAGUAGACUAUGGGGAAACAAGAUUAGUACCGACCAGUUGGCUUCAGCCUCUGAUGCGUCAAUUCUGUAGCUUGCCACCAUUUGCCCGAUGCUGCCAGCUCGCUGGGGUGGAGGUAGAUUGUGACGAUCCAGUGGCGGUUGGAAAGGUUGAAAAAAUUAUGAAAUCGCAUCUUGGAAGGAAUUGCACAAUCUAUGUUGAUGAUAACAAUUCCGAUACCCUGGGCGUUUACGUAUUUUUGGAAAAUGGAGAAAAAAUCAACGACAUAGUUCUUAAGGCAAUUUCAGACAAUACAAAUAACAGCCAAGAACCGGAUAGUCCGGAAGGAUUUCCAGGUCUUACCGAAGAAAACUGUGACAUAACACAAAUACCGGAAUACGAAGAUCCAGUGAUCGCUGUUACGGGCUACCAUAACCGAGAUGAAGCCGAGAUUUGCAAGCACUACAAGGGAGGCCCUGAAAAGACAUGCUUCAAGGGGAAACGGUGCACAAAGAAACACGUUGUCAAACACCCAGAUGGCUGGACGUUGGACCGUGUGUUCGUACCGGCCAAUCUAAAGUCUUUGCCGUUGCCCGCCGCUGGAACCUUUGUACGAGUGGUCGUAUCGCAUGUCCCGCAUUUUGAUCAUUUCUUCGUACAAAUGAUAAACGACACCAAAGAUAUAACGGAGAAAGAGUUCCAACCGCUGACUUCUUUGUCAGCUCUUGUACAGGAUAUGAACUGUGCAGCUACCAUAUCCUCAUAUAGACCACUUAAGAUGAUACCAGCCCCGGGAGAGUUGGUAGCUUCUUUAUAUCCCAUGGAUGGGAAAUGGUACCGCGCGAAGGUUCUUACUUCUACUAAAGCUGAUCGAAAAGUCGAGAUAAAAUACGUGGACUACGGAAACGUAAUGUGGGUGGACGAAGAAUUAUUAAGCGAACUUCAUUCCCGAUUUUGCGUUUUGCCAACUCAGGCUAUUCUAUGUAUUUUGGCUGGCGUUACUAUGAGAAAUCAGGCGGCCACCAAUCUCAUAGCUGCACGAAAUGCCCUCAUCGAUCUAAUACAGGACAAGAGGUUCGAUGCAGAAGUCAUCGCCACUGAUUACGAUAGUAUAACAGUCGCUUUAUACGACGAGAAAGGCAACAACAUUGCCGACCUCCUAGCCUUACAAAAAGUUGUUGAACGCCAGGAAUACAAAAUUGACUACAGUUUAACGGACGGCCGUCGUGUCAUAAUUCCUUCCUAGGUUUAUGCCUCCGAUUAAAUCAGUAAUAGUUUGUAAUCGCUACAUAUUACUUGUAUUCGAAUAAAAACUAGUUAUUUUAUUUUUGUUAACUACAUGAAACUUGUAGCUCUCCCGUGCUUUUGAUAAAGUGAGCGAUCUCUCCCAAACUCUUGCUGUUAUAUUUUUUUGUGUUGCCCAUAUGUUUAUUUCAAUUAAUCAAGACGACGUAGCCACUAUGACGCGUGAAUCCUAUCUCAAGUCGCAAUCUCGUCUAAAAUGUCAAACUUUGACAGUUCAUGAAACUAGAUUUAAGUUUGACUGAUGUUCUAGAAUAAGCAGUAUUUCAUACAAGAAAUUGAUAUAGACGUAUUUUACAAUAGCGUUAAUGAUGUCGUUUAAUGUUCUUCCUACUCAUUGAACUAUUUUUACUUCAAGUAAAUUUAUUGACUGUAUGCAAUAAAUGCAGGAAAUUAAUAUCUCAUACAGUGAAAAAAUCGCACGCUUAAAGUAAAUCACAUUACGCCCUAAUAAAUUAUUAUGUUAACAUACAGAAAUCUGUGGCGUAAUGUUCUUGCUGGAUUUUCCUCAUUUAAUACUUUGUCAAAGACAAUAUAGAGCUUGUGUUUUUUUUUAAUUUGUGAUAAGUACUUAUUUUGCUUAGCGGCUGUGAUAAUGUAGUCCGUAUGAGUGAAUGUUAUGGUCGUUUACAAAAUUUAUGAUAGUAUAGUGCUAUAAGCUGAACGUAUUUUUAAUUCUUGCUAUGUUGAUAUCUGAUUGAUAUGUUUUAAUAUGAAUGUCAGUAUUAUAACACAACGGAAAUGGUACAUCCAAUUCUCGACUAUUUUUGUCUUUACCAUCCUUAAAAAUGUAAUUAAUAAAUAUUUUACCAGUCGGUUGAUUAAAUGUAAGCUGUCAAAGUGACAUUAGAGGACCUCAUAUAUAUAGUAAAAAAAAACGUUUUUUCUAUGAGACUGGCAACUAUAAGAGUAUAAACAUUUUUUGAAAGGGUUAUUUUAAGUUUAUAAUUUUAAAUUAGUGUAAAAGUAAUUAUAAGUCUCAAUUUUUGAUAAAAUAACUGGAGGCAAUGCUGUUGCAUAUCUUACAACUGUUUUUUAUUGAAAAGUCAAUCAGUCAGCCGAACAGAUGCAGAAAUGUGUCUACCUCAUGCCUUUGACUUAUAUAGAGCCAAAGUAACUCAUAGAUUUUAAAACAAUUAAGCAAAUUGAAUAUUUCUGCAUUUGU